CCUCACGGAGCCGGGCCGGCGGGACUGCAGGAUGGGCUGAGGCGGCGGCGGCUCUCAGGACGAGGUCGACAGCACGGCGGGACGCUCGGCUCGGGUGGGGGCUGCUCACUGCGGGUCUGGGGAGAGGGUGGGACUGCAGGGGCGGGUCCCCACGCUCGGUGCACCGUGUCCUGUAACGAGGCACCCGCAGUGUUUGGUGGAGGGACUGUUUAAAAUCUUGGCUUUCAUUGUCGUUGCUGGUUUCUGAAAUCUAAAUUUCCAAAUCCCGUAUUCCAAAAGGAUUCCUGAGCUGAAGGCAUAUCAGACUUCCCUUUUAACCUCUCAGUCUACACAAAAUGCUAGAUUAAUGCAGGGCAUCCUGUCCUGGUGAAACCUGGAGACGUUGGAGCGUCUCAGACAACCUAAGAGUUCCCACGAACAAGCUCUGCUCUGCUGUAGACAGCACUCCUAGUUUUUGUUCUUAUGUCCAAAAGUAUCGGGUUAUCGACGCUAUGCAUUAUCCAGCCUGAAUGAUCGAAAGCGUGAACGUUUAACAUUUUCUUUCUUUAUUUCUGUGAAGUAGAAGCCAGGCUUCAAAAUGGAGAUGUAUGAAACCCUUGGAAAAGUGGGAGAGGGAAGUUACGGAACGGUCAUGAAAUGCAAACAUAAGGAUACUGGGCGGAUAGUGGCCAUUAAGAUAUUCUAUGAGAAACCAGAAAAAUCUGUCAACAAAAUUGCAAUGAGAGAAAUAAAGUUUCUAAAGCAAUUUCGGCACGAAAACCUGGUCAAUCUGAUUGAUGUUUUUAAACAAAAAAAGAAAAUUCAUUUGGUGUUUGAGUUUAUUGACCACACAGUCUUAGAUGAAUUACAGCAUUACUGUCACGGACUAGAGAGUAAGCGACUGAGAAAGUACCUGUUCCAGAUCCUUCGCGCCAUCGACUACCUGCACAAUAAUAAUAUUAUCCAUCGAGAUAUAAAACCAGAGAAUAUUUUGGUCUCCCAGUCAGGAGUUACUAAACUCUGUGAUUUUGGGUUUGCAAGGACACUAGCUCCCGGGGACGUCUACACAGAUUACGUGGCCACACGCUGGUACAGAGCUCCGGAACUGGUGCUAAAAGACACCUCUUAUGGAAAGCCGGUAGACAUCUGGGCUUUGGGCUGUAUGAUCAUUGAGAUGGCCACUGGCCAUCCCUACCUUCCUAGCAGUUCAGACUUGGAUUUGCUCCACAAGAUAGUUUUAAAAGUAGGCAACCUGACCCCGCACCUGCACAAUAUCUAUUCUAAGAGCCCCAUCUUUGCCGGGGUGGUUCUUCCGCAAGUUCAGCACCCGAAAAACGCAAGGAAGAAAUACCCGAAGCUCAACGGACUGCUGGCAGAUAUAGUUCAUGCUUGUCUACAAAUUGAUCCUGCUGAUCGGACAUCGUCUACUGACCUUCUGCAGCACGAUUACUUUACUAGAGACGGAUUUAUCGAGAGAUUCAUACCAGAGCUGAGAGCUAAAUUAUUACAAGAAGCAAAGCUAAAUUCAUUCAUAAAGCCAAGAGAGAAUUUUAAAGAAAAUGAACCUGUGAGAGAUGAGAGAAAACCAGUUUUUACCAACACACUGUAUGGAAACACAUCAGUGUGUGGAAAGGAAACGGACAAAGACAAGAGGCCCAAGGACACCAAAGUCAGAGUCAUUAAAGUCAAAGGAGGGAAAGGAGAUGUCCCAGACCCGAAAAAGACAGAGUGCGAAGGCAACCACCACCAACAGGGCACAGCCGGUAACACACACGCCUUGUCUCAGGAUAGGAAGCCUUCUGUCACUGAGCUGCCAAACCCUGUCCAUGCCAGCACCAGCUCCACUGGUGUCACAGAAGACCCCCACCCUGGAGGGUGUAUGACCAUGCCACCCAUCAACCUGACGAGCAGUAAUCUGAUGGCUGCACACCUCAGCUCAAACUCCUCCCACUCCAAUGCACGGUUAACUGAAAGAGCAAAAAGGAGACGCACUUCUUCACAAACUAUUGGACAAACUCUGUCUAACAGCAGACAAGAGGACUCAGGUGCCACACAAAUCCAAAUGGAGAAAGGUGUAUUUAGUGAUCGAACAGGUCAGAGCGACCAAAUGGCAAGUGGGAGCAAAAGAAAGCUGACUUUCCCCAGGAACAACAGGAAAGAGUUCCAUUUUCCUGAACUGCCGUUCACAAUCCAGUCAAAGGAGAUAAAAGGAAUGGAAGGUAAACAGAUAAAAGUGAUGAAGAGAGAAUCAAAGAAAACAGAAUCAUCUAAAAUACCAACGUUACUUAGUGUGGACACAAAUGAGGAAAAACAAGAGAAAGAACCCUACAUGACUGUGCAUGAGUGUCCUGGGAAAGAGAGAAAAGAGCCCACAAGUAAGUACCUGGUGGAGAUGGCGAUUGUGAGGGGAAGAAUUUGA